ACUAACCAACAAAUCUCGCUCCUUCCUUCUCUAUGGCUCAUCUCUCUGUGUAUGUGUGUAUGUUUCCGAGCUUCUAUGAGCAGAAGGAAGCUCAUUUGCGUUAUAAAGCUAUGCCGCGUCAAGUUCAGUCUCGCCGUCUCUCUCUAUUCGUAAUAAACCUCUACAUCAAGCUUAAAGCACAAUGUCUAUCUAUGUUCGUUAUAAUCCUCUGCAAAAAGCUAAAAGAUCACUGUACUCGUCGUCGUCGUCUCUAUAUUAACCGUGAUAAAGAUCUGCAUCAAGCUUCUGAGGUUUUAAAAACAAAAAAGAAGCAUCAUGGAAGAGAGCCCAUUCCCUGCAUGGUCAUGGUCAGUUGAUCAAUGUUUAAAAGAAUACAAAGUGAAGUUAAACAAGGGUUUGAACGCAUGCGAGGUUGAGAAGCUACAAGGACAUUAUGGUUGGAAUGAACUCAAGAAAGAAAAAGGAAGGCCCUUGUGGAGACUAGUGUUAGAACAGUUUGACGAUACACUUGUGAAGAUUCUCAUCGUCGCAGCCUUAAUAUCAUUCAUCGUUGCUUGCCUUCAAGACGACGACAUCUUCGAUUUGGAUCUAGAGGAUUUUGUUGAGCCUUUAGUGAUUGUUCUCAUUCUCAUAGUUAACGCUAUUAUGGGAGUGUGGCAAGCCACUACUGCUGAAAAGGCAUUGGAAGCCCUUAAAGAAAUGCAAUGUGAGUCCGCCAAGGUUUUAAGAAACGGAUAUAAAGUUCCACAUUUACCAGCACGAGAGCUUGUCCCAGGCGAUAUAGUGGAGUUGCGUGUAGGCGAUAAAGUUCCCGCCGACAUGAGAAUUGCAGUUCUAAGAACCUCAACUGUAAGACUCGAGCAAAGCUCUUUAACGGGAGAGGCUAACCCUGUUUCGAAACACGCGAAUGCUAUCCCAAUGGACGAUUGCGAACUUCAAGCCAAAGAAAACAUGGUAUUCGCAGGCACAACUGUCGUUAAUGGUAGCUGUUCCUGUAUUGUUGUGGCGACAGGUAUGCAGACAGAGAUCGGUAAGAUACAGACGCAGAUACACGAGGCCUCAUUAGAAGAGAGUGACACGCCUUUGAAGAGGCGGAUUGACGAAUUUGGCAGUGGACUUACUACCGCUAUAGGCCUUAUUUGUCUAAUUGUGUGGGUAAUUAACUACAAGUAUUUUCUAUCGUGGGAUGUUGUUGAUGGAUGGCCUACAAACUUCCGAUUCUCUUUCAAAGAGUGUACAUACUAUUUCAAGAUAGCUGUCGUUCUCUCCAUUGCCGCAAUCCCAGAAGGACUUCCUGCAGUUAUCACCACGUGUUUAGCUUUGGGUACGAGGAAAAUGGCGCAGAAGAACGCUAUUGUACGUAGGCUUCCGAGUGUGGAGACGCUAGGGUGCACCACUGUGAUCUGUUCGGACAAAACAGGGACUCUGACGACUAACCAGAUGUCUGUGACGGAGUUCUUCACUUUGGGCGAGAAUAGUAAUUCGUCUCGUGUGUUUCGCGUGGAAGGAACGACAUACGAUCCAAAUGACGGUGGGAUUGUUGGGUGGAAUUGCUGUAAUAUGGAUGCUAAUUUGCAGGUGAUGGCCCAAGUUUGUGCAAUAUGUAAUGAUGCUGGAAUCUUAUGUGAUGGUCGUCUUUUUCGUGCAACGGGUUUGCCUACUGAAGCGGCUUUGAAGGUGUUGGUUGAGAAGAUGGGGGUUCCUGGUAACAAGCUUCGGACUAGAAUCCGUGGCGUGUUGCAAGUUUCCAAGUAUUUGAUUGAUUGCAGCACUGUUAAAUUAGUGUCCUGCAACUGGUGGAUCAAAAGAUCAAAAAGGCUGGCUACUCUAGAGUUUGAUAGAGUUCGCAAGUCGAUGAGUGUUAUUGUUCGCGAAGCAACAGGUUGCAACCGACUUCUUUUGAAGGGAGCUGUUGAGAACGUACUGGAGCGGACAUCGCAUGUUCAGCUUGAAGAUGGAUCGCUUGCUCCAAUUGAUGAAGCAUGCAGACAGUUAAUCUUGUUGAGGCAUUGGGAAAUGAGUUCAAAGGGUCUGCGUUGUUUAGGAAUAGCUUACAAAGAUGACUUGGGAGAGUUCUCAGACUAUAGUAAUGAAUUCCAUUCUGCUCAUAAGAAGUUGCUUGAUCCAUCCAACUAUGCCUCCAUCGAAUCAGACUUGGUUUUCGUAGGGGUGGUUGGGAUGAGGGACCCGCCUCGUGAGGAAGUGCUUCAAGCCAUUGAUGAUUGCAGAGCAGCUGGAAUAAUGGUGAUGGUAUUAACAGGAGAUAACAAACUGACAGCAGAAGCAACUUGCAGAGAGAUUGAGUUGUUUCCUCCUGGCGAGGAUCUAAUGGGAAAAAGCUUUACUGGUAAAGAAUUCAUGGAUCUUUCUCAUUCAGACAGGUUUAGAAUUUUGUCUCAACCUGGAGGAAAGGUUUUCUCACGGGCAGAACCUAGGCACAAGCAAGAAGUUGUUAGGAUGCUUAAGGCUAUGGGUGAAGUUGUUGCCAUGACCGGAGACGGCGUUAAUGAUGCACCCGCCUUGAAACUCGCUGAUAUUGGAAUUGCUAUGGGCAUAACUGGAACUGAGGUUGCUAAAGAAGCUUCGGACAUGGUGUUGGCAGAUGACAAUUUCAGCACGAUCGUGUCAGCAGUGGGGGAGGGUCGUGCUAUAUACAACAACAUGAAAGCAUUCAUAAGGUACAUGAUAUCAUCUAACGUUGGAGAAGUAAUGUCAAUAUUCCUAAACUCCCUAUUAGGAACACCCAUUUGUUUAAUACCAGUCCAACUCCUCUGGGUGAAUCUGGUAACCGACGGUCCACCCGCCACAGCUCUGGGUUUCAACCCGCCUGAUUCCGACAUAAUGCAAAAACCCCCAAGAAGAAACAGCGACGUUCUUAUAAACUCAUGGGUACUCUUCCGCUACUUAGUCAUCGGAUUCUACGUCGGUCUAGCAACCGUCGGCAUCUUCAUAAUCUGGUACACUCAGCCUUCCUUUCUCGGAAUCAACCUUGUUAGUGACGGACAUACUUUAGUCGAGAUGUCUCAGCUUCGUAACUGGGGAGAGUGUUCUACGUGGUUCGAUUUCGAUGCCACUCCUUAUACAGUUGCAGGAGGUCGCGUGAUUAGUUUCUCGGACCCUUGCGAGUAUUUUACAGUCGGGAAGGUGAAGGCGAUGACGCUUUCACUUUCGACUCUGGUGGCAAUUGAGAUGUUUAAUUCGUUGAAUGCUUUGUCUGAGGAUGCAAGCAUACUGGUGGUGCCUCCUUGGAAGAAUUCGUGGAUUCUUGUGGCUAUUACCAUGUCGUUUGUGCUGCAAUGCUUCAUACUUUAUGUGCCGUUUCUUCAAGAUGUGUUUUCUACUGUACCGCUUACUGUUAGUGAGUGGGUUUUGGUUAUCUUGUUCUCGCUGCCUGUUAUUCUUAUUGAUGAGGUGCUUAAAUGGUGGGGAAGAAGGAGGUGGAGAGCAGCCAAGUUGAAGAUGGUUUAAGUUCUUAUAUUAUGUUCUGUUAUUAUUGUUGUCUUAUGUUUUUCUCUAGGGCCUAGUGAGUAUAAUUAUUAAUAUUUAGCUAUAAAACUUCUUCUAGUCUUUUGAUUAAGAGAAUACUAAAAAAAAUUGCUAUUAGCAUUGAGCACAUUUAGUGACUGACUGUUUUAAUGCA